AUGGCUUCAACAAUCUCCUGUCUCAUUGCCGAGGCAGUUCUGCAAAAACCCGAGAAACGACUGUUCGACGAGUACAAACCCAAGUUAUGGGCGCGCUACGCUGAAUACACCUUUGCAAUCAUCGGUCAAGAUAAAAUUAACUACUAUGAAGAACUGCUGAACUCAAUCGUCCCCGAUCUCCAGUUCACAAUGGAAAAGGAAGUGGAGGGCAAACUUCCAUUGUUGGAUGUUCUCGUCUGCCGCCAACCAGACGGCAGACUGACGACGUCAGUCUACAGAAAACUGACGAACACGCUGCAAAUGCUCAGUUACAAUAACAACCACCCACUGCAACACAAAUGA